GGACUUCUCUGGGGCCAGCAGCCGCCCGACCAGGGGCCCGGGGCCGCGGGCUCAGCCGACGACGACCAUGGGCUCAGUGUCCAACCAGCAGUUUGCAGGUGGCUGCGCCAAGGCGGCGGAGAAGGCGCCCGAGGAGGCGCCGGCGGACGCCGCACGGGCGGCCGAGGAGCCGCAGCUGCUGCACGGGGCCGGCAUCUGUAAGUGGUUCAACGUGCGCAUGGGGUUCGGCUUCCUGUCCAUGACCGCCCGCGCCGGGGUCGCGCUCGACCCCCCGGUGGACGUCUUUGUGCACCAGAGUAAGCUGCACAUGGAGGGUUUCCGGAGCCUGAAGGAGGGUGAGGCUGUGGAGUUCACCUUUAAGAAGUCUGCCAAAGGGCUAGAAUCCAUCCGAGUCACUGGGCCCGGUGGGGUGUUCUGUAUUGGGAGUGAAAGGCGGCCAAAGGGCAAGAACAUGCAGAAACGCAGAUCCAAAGGAGACAGGUGCUACAACUGUGGUGGUCUAGAUCAUCAUGCCAAGGAAUGCAAGCUGCCACCCCAGCCCAAGAAGUGCCACUUCUGCCAAAGCAUCAACCACAUGGUGGCCUCCUGUCCACUGAAGGCCCAGCAGGUCCCCAGUGCCCAGGGAAAACCUGCCUACUUUCGGGAGGAAGAAGAAGAGAUCCACAGCCCUGCCCUGCUCCCUGAGGCCCAGAAUUGAGCUCUCAGAGUCGGGGGGCUACUCUUGCUAGCAGAAAGUUUCAAGGAGCAGGCAUCAAUCGGCAAAGUGGAGAAAGUGGGGAUAAGGGUGGGUUGGCGAGUAGCUGGCACUGCCAUAUGUCUCAGGCCGGGUUUUCCCAGCAUCACCCCAUCUCUCUCUUGGUGAGAGGAAGGGGUGAUGCAUAGGAACUCCCUUCAUGAUCUAUCCCAAUUCAAGUGAGGGGCUUUGGGGGAGCCACCUUUGAAACCUGUGUGAUUUAUAUGAUAGGCUCCCCCCCCCCCUCCAAGCCUCCAGCUUCUAAAAAUGACCCAGAUUGUCAAGUUGUUCUUUUUAAAAAGGUUGUAUAGUGUUUCCCCUGCCAGAGUGUGCAAAGACCAGCAGAUCAAUGGGCUCAAUCCCUGAGGUAGUAGUACCUUGUGUGGGAGGGCCCCUCAGAAGCAAGGCAGGGUUUGGGUUUUUUAUUUUUAUUUUUUAUCAUUUUGCUUUCCCUCCACAUCUUGUUUCCUCAUCACCCUAACUUGAGCCACAGUGCUGGGAGAGCUGUCCCAUGCAUUGGGUUGUGAUGACAGGCAAAAUGGGUGACGAGGGAAUAGCUGCAGACUGGCUGCUCUGAGCUUCCUCCCACCCCUUUCUGGGCCAAUGUGAUUGUAAUUUAUUUGCUCCCUUGGAUAACUGCACCUUGGGUUCCCACUUCCUCCAGGAUGCCAAACUGCACUAUCUGUGCGAAUGACGUAUCUUGUGCAUUUUAACUUUUUUUUUCUUAAUAUAAAUAUUCUGGUUUUGUAUUUUUAUAUAUUUUAAUCUUAAGGCCCUCAUUCCUGCACUGUGUUCUCAGGUACAUGAGCAAUCUCAGGGAUAAGUGGGCAGCAGCUCCAGGUCUGCACAGCAGGAAGACUUUGUUGUUUUUAUCACCAUGGAGAGCAACCAUUUGGAGUGCAUAGCCUAUUGAACUACCUCAUUUUUGCCAAUUAGAGCUGGCUUUUCUGCCAUAGGGUCCUCUUGAAACCCCCUCCACCCUUGGAAAUGUUUCAUGGGAGACUAGGUUUUUAAUUGGGUUGCCCCAUGACUUGUUCUCCUUCUGCUGGAAGAAUGGAAAUUAGUCUAAACAGGAAACUGUGGUGCAGAGAAGGUAGAAGAGGCCCAGAGAGGAAGCCAAGGAUAGUGAUGACUGUCUAAUCCUAGGGCUCUGGGACUUGUUUUCUUUCCAUAUACAAAAUCCUUUCCUAAACUUGCCUGGGCUUAACCAUGCACAUAAAUGUAUGUGUAUUUUUUUUCCUAAAGAAAUGGGAAUUGGGCUGGGAAGCUUAUUGGUAGCGUGCUUGCCUAGCAUGCACGAAGCCCUGGGUUGGAUACUUCAGUGCCACAUAAACAGAAAAGGCCUGAAGUGGCGCUGUGGCUCAAGUGGCAGAGUGCUAGCCUUGAGCAAAAAGAAGCCAGGGACAGUGCUCAGGCCCUGAGUCCCAAGCCCCAGGACUGGCAAAAAAAAAAAAAAAAAAAAAAAAAAGAAGAAGAAGAAAUGGGAAUUACUAUGGCUAAAUGUUAAGACCACAGAUUUGUCUUCCCCUUAUACUAACCAGGCAGGAAUGGAUGGAUUAUAUAUAAAGCAAGGACCUAAAUCUUCAGCCUUUCAAAAGUCUUGGCUUCCAGGCAGACCCCUAAGUGAGGGCCUUUUUGUAGCACCUGGAGCCAGUGUCCUGCCCUGCUGCACAGUGGUUCAUAGUGUUAGCUAAAGGAGAAAACGGGGGUUUCGUUUACAUGCUGUGAGAUCCCCGCAAACCUACCUCACUGAGUCGAAACGGGACAAAUGCAAUAGAAUGCAUUGGGUGAUGUGUGUCUGAUCCUGGUUUCUUGUCUCCCCACAAAUGCUGCCCCCCUCUAGUUAAUUGUAUUUGUCUAGGCUUUGUAGGACUUUACUGAGUUUUUGAGUUGGUAAUUGCUAGGUGGCCUAGUUUGUGUAAAUAAUAAUGUAUGGGUCUUUCUCCAUGUUCUUUUGGGGUUUUAUUGUUUACAAACUUUUAGAAUUGAGAAAAAUAGCCAAAGCAUCUUUGACAGAAGGUUCUGCACUAGACAAAAGGAUCUGAAACUAAGUUGGGGGGACCUCUUCUAAAGUGAGGAUCUUGAACCAUCAUUUUUCUUUUGUGCCCUCACUUCUCCUAUUUCCCAUUUUGGACUAGAUCUUUUCUAAAAAAUAAGCCCUAUUCCCUACCCUUUUCUCCCUCAAAAGAAAACCUAUGUGCUCAUACACAGUUAAUUUGUGGAAUGUCUCUUCAACUUUUAUGUGAGUUAUGCAAAGGUUCUGAAGCUAGGGC